CGACACCGUCGUCGACGUCGUCCCCGUGCCGCCUGAACCGCGUGCCGCGCGUCGCGAUGAAGCUCAAGGAGCGCCUCGUGCUUGGCCUCAGCGUGUCGGCCGUGCUGUUCACGCUGCUGCUCGUCGUGGACCUGCAGAUGGACCUGGGCAUGUCGGGCCACCACCUGGUGCCGAGCCACGGCCGCGUGCGCUACGGACACCAGCAGCAGGACGCGCCCGGCAGCGCCUACAACAGCUUCAGGAGGAAGUUCCUGCAGCGCAACAACAACGCCUCGCGGGAGUACAACUCGGGCACGCAGCAGUCGCCGCAGGAGCACAGCGAGGCGACGCACGGCGUGGUGCACCCCGCGGCCCGCCACCAGUACACCGUGCACGGCCAGGGCGGCCACGUGGUGCCGACCCACGAGGUGGACUUCGAGGCCCUGCCCACGCACGCGCCGCACGAUGACUUCGCCGACCUGCUGGACUUCAUGCUCAACAACAAGGACCUGGACCGCGGCGGCUUCGUGCGCCUCGAGUCCGGCGACGAGCUGCCCAAGAUCCACCGCACGGCCGGCGGCGGCCUCGCCGACGACUCGGGCAACCCCACCAUCGCCGACAUGCUGGGCGUCAAGCCAAGACACAACGCCACGACGCUGGAGAAGUUCCAGUACGGCAUCUCGAAGCACGAGCUGUACAGCAAGGACGACCCGCUGGUGGAGCGACUGCUGCACGACAUGGCCACGCAGAAGAUCCUGCACGUCAGCCAGAAGGACGGCGGCACGCAGAUCAAGCUGGUCAUCGACUACCCCCACGGCGUGCAGGCCCUGUUCAAGCCCAUGAGGUUCCCCCGAGACCAGCAGACCCUCCCGAACCACUUCUACUUCACGGACUACGAGAGGCACACCGCCGAGAUCGCCGCCUUCCACCUUGACAGGCUGCUGGGCUUCCGCCGGGCCAUGCCCGUGACGGGCCGCACGCUCAACAUGACCACGGAGCUGUACCAGCUGGCGGACGGCGAGCUGCUCAAGACGUUCUUCGUGUCGCCGUCGUCCAACCUGUGCUUCCACGGCAAGUGCUCGUACUACUGCGACACCGGGCACGCCAUCUGCGGCAGCCCCGACACGCUGGAGGGCUCCUUCGCCGCCUUCCUGCCCCCCAAGGAGAUGGCCACGAGGAAGGUGUGGCGACACCCCUGGCGGCGCUCGUACCACAAGCGCAAGAAGGCCCAGUGGGAGAUGGAUUCCGAUUACUGCUCCCUGGUGAAGGACAUCCCCCCGUACGACAGCGGGCGCAGGCUGCUGGACCUCAUGGACAUGGCCGUGUUCGACUUCCUCAUGGGCAACAUGGACCGCCACCACUACGAGACGUUCCGCGUCUUCGGCAACGACACGUUCCCCGUGCACCUGGACCACGGCCGCGGCUUCGGCCAGCCCUUCCACGACGAGAUGUCCAUCCUCGCGCCCAUCCUGCAGUGCUGCAUGAUCAGGCACAACACCCUCAGCACGCUGCUCAGGUUCCACAACGGGCCCAAGCCGCUGAGCGAGCUGAUGCGCGAGUCCAUGACCAAGGACCCGGUGGCGCCGGUGCUGUGGGAGCCCCACCACGUGGCGCUGGACCGGCGCGUCAAGAUCAUCCUGGAGGCCGUGCGCGACUGCGUGUCCAAGACGAGCGCCCAGGAGGCCGUGGUGCACGACGACUUCUCAUAGCUGUGAUAAGGGCGGCGGGACGCGGCGGACCGGCCUCGGAGGACGUCAUGACGUCACCGAGCGCGUCAGUCUCGCGGCCCGAUCGGCGCCCCGAGCGGCGGCCACGGCUGUCCUUGUUUAGGUUAGGGUGAGAGCGACCUCCUCGCGCCACCAGGCAGAUGGCACAGCCCGGCAGAUGGCAGCCCCAACGAAUAGUACAAGUAGAUUAAAAAGUGGGGGCGGGCGGCACGGCCCUAGGCUUGGCCGUAGCAGCCGAGGGGACCACCGGCGCGCUAUAGCAUUUACCGCAGAGGCGCUUGACUGUGUGUGUGCCGUGUAUGUGUGUGUGUGUCUGUGUGUGUGGGCGUCGCGAUACACAUAGUUCCUUGAGGAGGCAGCUACGUGCUUUUGGACUCUCUAGUCAGCUGCUGAUGGGAUGCGAGUUCCACGGCAGCGGGGCCGAAAGACGACGCUGUGACUGUGUUGUUGUUACAAAGUGUAGCACGUUUUGUGAUUGCGUUAGUGAUGGCGAAGAAGUACCUACAGUUCUAUUUUCUAAAAUGAGUAAAGUCUGUUGUUUUUUAAAGUUACUUUCGCUGUAGGCUUUGCUUUGCUUUCCGUGCUGUUCCCUCAAAGCACUUGAAAACGCUUUGAAACGAGAAAAACACGAGUCAACAUGUUUCCCUUGCCCACAAAUCAAUUUUAAAUCUUUUAAAAGCUUUACAAUACGGUUCAAUCUAGUCACUGAAAUUGGCAUAGUUUUCACUCAUCGCCGACCAAAACGUAAUCUUUAAAAAUAAUUUUUGAAACCGACGUCUCGGUACCCUCUGGACCCGUUCACACACUCUUGUGGUUUGCUGCACAAAAAGUUUAUUUGUAAAAAUUUAUGUUGCCUGAAGCUUAGCUUGCUUUGAACAGUUGUUGUAGCUAUCGAAAAAUACUAGUUUUUACUAUAGAGUAUAUUUUUUGUAUGAACUAUUAAGACUUUUGCUGUAAAUCUUUUAUAAAUGAAGACAAUUUACGUACUAUUAUUGUUUAGAUGUAUGAGGUUUGUGAUUUUAUUUUAUUGUUGAUUUUGUUGCUUUGGUUAUUUCUUUAAAUUAAUAUUGCUUGUUGAUAUUGUAAAAGAACUCUAACAAAUUAGGUUCAAAUUUAAAGAGAUCACUGUGUGACCCUCUUACUACAAAGAAGCUGCUGUUGGCUCGGCUCUUAGUUUGACCCUGAUUUAUGUUGUUCUUGGAAUUUAUAUGGUACUGUUUGCAUGGUUGUGUGAUUGAGUGAGUGAAAGAAAGAUUGUGUGUGUAUGUGUGUAAGUGAGUAUGUGAGGGAGUGAGAGUGUCGCACAACCUGUGUACGUGAUCUAUUCUUUUGUAAAGCAACAAUAUGUAUAUAAAUAUGUAUUUAUGUAUGUAUUUAAAAUUAUAAGCUGAAGCUGUCUUCUAUUGGUCUGUCUGCGAAGAAUUAGUAUGUGACUGACGAAAACGCCAAAGGUUUUAUUCUUAUGUCGUUAUAAAGUGAAUAAAUUUCAUGAGAUAGGAUAAUCUCAUGCUAUUGUAGUGACGAGACUGGUCAUCUUAGAGAUGACAUGGCGUCUGGGUUCUCUAUGAUUGGAAAAUGUUAAGGCUUUUAAUUUCUUCCAAAUCAAGUUAAAUUUUGUUUCUUGUUUUUAAUACAAAAUUACUUUUGAAAGAAGUAUUUGUGCCAUGAUGGGUAAGGUAAUCUGUUACUUGAUUUCUCCGAUGAUAUCAUAAAAUGUGUUAUCUGUUUUCAUACCCAGCUAAAUAUGAUCCAGAUUUGUUUGUAAACCGUGGAAGCAAAAUGUGUGUUUUUAAUAAAAAGUCAUUGUAAAGAAUGAAUUGUAUUUUAAUGUGUCUUGUAAAUAAACCUCUUUUAUGACUGGACCAACUGAGGUUCUGAACAUA